AUGGCAACAGAAGAGGUGGUGCCCGCCGUCUCAACCGAGGUGGAAAAGGCCCAGUGCGGCAUUAUGCUGUUCAACCGGUGGCCCUACGAUGAAGUUCAGGUUAGUGACAUUUCUGUGGAAGAUUACAUAACUGCAACUGCAGCUAAGCAUCCGACAUACAUGCCCCACACUGCUGGAAGGUACCAAGCAAAGCGAUUCCGGAAAGCUCAAUGCCCAAUAGUUGAGAGGCUGACCAACUCUCUCAUGAUGCACGGGCGCAAUAAUGGGAAGAAGCUCAAGGCUGUUAGGAUUGUGAAGCAUGCUAUGGAGAUCAUCCAUCUGUUGACUGAUUUGAACCCCAUUCAAGUCAUUGUUGAUGCUGUUAUCAACAGUGGUCCAAGGGAGGAUGCAACCCGUAUUGGGUCAGCUGGAGUUGUGAGGAGGCAAGCCGUUGAUAUUUCUCCUCUUCGCCGUGUGAAUCAGGCUAUCUACCUGCUCACGACAGGUGCACGUGAGAGUGCUUUCAGGAACAUUAAAACCAUUGCUGAGUGUCUUGCUGAUGAGCUUAUCAAUGCCGCCAAAGGAUCUUCCAACAGUUAUGCUAUUAAGAAGAAGGAUGAGAUUGAGAGGGUUGCCAAGGCCAAUCGUUGA